UUUUACACAAAAAAAAUAAAUAAAGUACAAUAUGACCGCUUUUGAGGAGUUUGGCGUUCUCCCGGAGCUGGGAAAGGCCACCGACGAAGCCGACUGGACACUGCCUACAGAUGUGCAGGCGGAGGCCAUACCGCUCAUCUUGGGAGGCGGCGAUGUCUUGAUGGCCGCCGAAACCGGAUCUGGCAAAACGGGAGCCUUCUGCCUGCCCAUCUUGCAAAUUGUGUGGGAGACUCUGCGCGAUCUCGAGGAGGGAAAAGGUGGCAAAGGCGGCGGAGGCACCGCAGCAGCUGUGACCCCAUGGACUAUGUCCUUUUUUGAUCGCGGAAAUGCGCUAGCUGUUACUCCCGACGGACUGCGCUGCCAGUCGAGGGAGUUUAAGGAGUGGCACGGAUGCCGUGCUACCACCGGAGUUCGCGGCAAGGGAAAGUUCUACUUUGAGACGACAGUAACGGAUGAGGGACUGUGCCGCGUCGGCUGGUCCACACAGCAGGCUAAUCUGGACUUGGGAACCUGCCGUCAUGGGUUCGGAUUCGGUGGAACGGGCAAAAAGUCGAACAAUCGGCAGUUCGACGACUACGGCGAAGCCUUUGGCAAGGCAGACGUUAUUGGAUGCCUCCUGGACUUGCAGCGCCUGGAGGUGAGCUUCACCAAGAAUGGUCAGAGUCUGGGCGUGGCCUUUCGGGUCCCAGAGAAUCUAAGCAAGGAAACAUUUUACCCGGCUGUGGUUCUAAAAAACGCCGAAAUGUUGUUCAACUUUGGCAAAACAGACUUCAAGUACAGCCCAGGCAAUGGAUUCGUAGGUGUCUGCCAGGCCGGACCGGAGCAUAGCAAAACCAAUCCCUUAGCCAGUCCCACCACCAAUGCUGCAGCCGCCAAACCAGCCCCCAAUGCUCCUCAAGCAAUCAUUAUUGAGCCCAGUCGGGAGCUGGCCGAACAGACCUACAAUCAGAUCGAGAAAUUCAAGUACCACUUGAGUAAUCCGGAAGUGCGCUCACUGCUGCUCAUAGGCGGGGUCAGAUUGGAUGAGCAGAAGGCGCAGCUCCAGCAGGGCAUCCACAUUGUGGUUGGCACCCCCGGUCGCCUGGAAGAGUUGAUUAACAGUGGCUACGUGCUGCUCACCCAUUGUCGCUUCUUUGUGCUGGACGAGGCAGAUGCCCUUCUCAAGCAGGGCUACACGGAUCUCAUCGACCGUUUGCACAAGCAGAUACCAAAAAUCACGGCAGAUGGGCGCCGCCUCCAGAUGAUUGUCUGCUCGGCCACGCUGCACGCCUUCGAGGUUAAGAAGAUGGCCGAGCGCCUCAUGCACUUCCCUACCUGGGUGGAUCUGAAGGGAGAAGAUGCCGUGCCGGAAACCGUACACCAUGUGGUCUGCUUGGUGGAUCCCCAGGCUGAUCGAAGCUGGCAGUCCCUCCGCCAGGCCAUCCGCACCGACGGAGUGCAUGACCGCGACAAUGUGCACGCCAGCAAUCCGUCGCAGGAAACCCAUUCGCAGGCUGUCAAACUCUUAAAGGGCGAGUACUGCUUCCAUGCCAUUGAGAAGCAUCAGAUGGAUCGCGCCAUCAUCUUUUGUCGCACCAAGCAGGACUGCGACAAUCUGGAGCAGUACCUCAAGCAACGCGGGGGCCAGCGAUUCUCUUGUGUCUGCCUGCAUGGCGACCGUAAGCCGCAGGAGCGCAAGCAGAACCUGGAAAUGUUCAAGCAGCAGAAGGUCAAGUUCUUGAUAUGCACAGAUGUGGCUGCUCGAGGUCUGGAUAUCACAGGAUUGCCAUUCAUGAUCAAUGUUACGCUGCCCGAUGACAAAGCCAACUACGUGCACCGAAUCGGUCGCGUUGGUCGAGCCGAACGCAUGGGCCUAGCAAUCAGUCUGGUGUCCACGGUGCCGGAAAAGGUCUGGUACCAUGGCGAAUGGUGCAAGUCGCGUGGCCGCAACUGCAGCAACACCAAUCUGACCGAUGUACGCGGCUGCUGCAUCUGGUACAACGAGCCGAACCUCCUGGCCGAGGUCGAGGACCAUCUGAACAUAACCAUACAGCAGGUGGAUAAGGCCAUGGAAGUGCCCGUCAACGAUUUCGACGGCAAGGUGGUCUACGGGCAGAAGAAUCUGAAUACCGGCACUGGCUACAAGGAUCAUGUGGAGCAGCUGGUGCCGACGGUGCGGAAACUAACAGACUUGGAACUGCAAUCACAAUCUUUAUUCUUGAAACGCCUUAAAGUCUAAUUUGGGAUUUGGAUUGAGUGUUUGGUUUUUGCUAAGCAAGGACAAUGUUACAUCGAUAUUACAUGCGAAACGGGAGGAGUUGGCCCUAUAAUUAGAUAUUCUAUGGUAAAAUGAAGCGAUUCUAUGACCAACUCUCGCGGGAAUACUUUAUGGUACACACACAUAAACAUAUUAAGACUUCGGAGAUGGGCCUCGACCUCGACCCACUCCAGAAAACGCACGAGAUACCAUUACGAGUAAACAUUAAAUAAAACUAACAUUAAAAUCUUC